AUGUGGAUGACCGGAUCCUUCCUGGAAUGUGGGGGAACUGGUGUGACUGGUGUGACUGCAGGAACGAGGCAUGCCAAUGUAGCAGAUCUGGAGUCGAGAUGCUGGGAUGGUGGAUACCUCAGGCACUCUCAGGGACUGGGCUGCGAUGACGUCACAGAGCACUACUGA